UUACUAGGAAAGAGCACACACAUGGCUUCUAAACCUGGAAUUCUCACAGAAUGGCCAUGGACACACCUUGGCAACUUUAAGUACUUGGUGUUGGCACCAUUUGUUGGUCAUAGCAUAUACUCAUUCUUGAGGGAGGGAGAUAUUGGAUACAUAGCCAUACUUCCAUUUCUACUCUUCAGAUUUAUUCACAACCAGAUAUGGAUAUCACUAUCGCGCUACAGGACUGCUAAGGGUAAUAAUCGAAUUGUUGAUAGGAGCAUUGAGUUUGAUCAAGUUGACAGAGAAAACAACUGGGAUGAUCAAAUUAUAUUUAAUGGGCUAUUAUACUAUAUUGGAUACCUGAGGCUGGAACAAGUUCAUCACUUGCCUCUAUGGAGAACUGAUGGAUUGAUUAUUACUGCAUUGACCCAUAUUGGUCCUGUUGAGUUUAUCUAUUAUUGGUUUCAUAGAGCUCUGCAUCACCAUUUUCUGUAUUCGCGUUAUCAUUCUCAUCACCACUCCUCUAUCGUUACUCAGCCUAUCAGUGCAUUUAUUCAUCCGUUUGCUGAGGUCGCAUCAUAUUAUGCCAUCUUUGCUGUUCCUGUAAUCGCAACAGAAUUCACUGGGACUACUUCUAUAGCUACAAUUACUCUUUAUGUCAUCUUUACUGAUUUCAUGAACAACUUGGGCCAUUGUAACUUUGAGCUCAUUCCUAAGUGGAUGUUCUCUAUGUUUCCACCUCUCAAGUACUUGAUAUAUACGCCCUCGUACCAUUCACUACAUCACACUCAAUUCAGAACAAAUUAUUCCCUUUUCAUGCCAAUAUAUGACUAUAUUUUUGGUACAAUGGACAAGUCGAGUGACACAUUGUAUGAAAAGUCACUUGAGAAAAAAGCUGAAGUGCCUGAUGUGGUGCACCUUACACACCUAACAACCUUACAAUCCAUCUAUCAUCUCCGACUAGGAUUUGCAUCUUUGGCCUCGAAGCCUUACACCAACAGCUCUAAGUGGUAUUUGUGGUUAAUGUGGCCUGUCACCCUAUGGUCAAUAGUGAUUACUUGGAUUUAUGGUCACACGUUUGUCAUCGAGAGGAAUUUGUUCAAGGAUCUCAAAUUACAAACUUGGGCUAUUCCAAAGUUUCGCAUACAAUACUUUAGUCAAUGGCAAAGAAAGAGUAUUAAUAAUUUGAUCAAGGAAGCCAUCACCGAAGCAGAUCAGAAAGGCGUAAAGAUUUUGAGCCUCGGACUCUUAAAUCAGGAAGAGAAGUUGAAUAACAAUGGUGAAAUUUACAUAAGGAAGCAUCCUGAGCUGAAAGUUAAAGUGGUAGAUGGAAGUAGCCUAGUUGUUGCUGUGGUUCUCAACUCCAUUCCUAAAGGAACUUCCCAAGUGGUACUUCAGGCUCGUCGUUUGUCUAAAGUUGCUUACGCUAUUGCCCUCGCCUUGUGUCAACGAGGAAUUCAGGUUGUUACGUUAGACGAAGAAGAAUACAAGAGACUUAAAGCAAGGUUUACCCCUGAGGCUGCAGCUAAUUUGGUCUAUUCGAAAAGUACUUGUGUUUCAAAGACAUGGGUAGUAGAUGACGAAUUGAGUGAAGAUGAACAAUUGAAAGCACCAAAAGGAACAAUUUUUAUUCCUUAUUCACCAUUCCCACCAAAGAAAGCUCGCGAGGACUGCUUCUACUUCAACACACCAUCCAUGAUUUGCCCAAAACAUCUUCAAAAUGUAGACUCUUGUGAGAAUUGGCUGCCAAGAAGAGUGGUGAGUGCAUCGAGAAUAGCUGGAAUUUUGCACGCGUUUGAAGGUUGGAACGAGCAUGAGUGUGGUGACAUGAUGUUUGAUAUUGACAAAGUAUGGAAAGCUAGUCUUGAUCAUGGUUUUUCCCCAUUAACCAUGUCUUCUGCUAUUGAAUCCAACAUCUAGAAAUAUAAAUUUAUUUUUGUAAAGAUCAUAUGUUGGAUCAUUGGUAACUAAUAAGUUUGUAGAAAUAAAUUAUCAUUUAGUA